UCCCUUUCAAUUCAAUUAAACAUUUCAACCUCCUAACAUCACACCUCAUUUUCUAUUAACCACUUCCUUAAUUUCUAUCUACCAAAUUAAAACCAACCUCAAAACACAACAAUUCAUACCAAAACAACACAAAGAUGAGAACCAUCACUACAACAACAACAAGUCCCAACACAUUAGCACCAACAGCAUCGAUGAUGCACUCAUCAUGGCACUCACCAAUUCCAUACCUUUUUGGUGGACUUGCAGCUAUGUUAGGUCUCAUAGCUUUUGCUCUCUUGAUUUUAGCAUGUUCUUAUUGGAGACUCUCUGGUCAAUUACAAGAUGAAGAAAACGGUAACAGUAACAUGGAUAAUCAAAAAGAAGGUGACUCUACAAAAAAAGAAUCUUUGAAGGUUUAUGAAGAGAAAAUUCUUGUCAUUAUGGCUGGUGAUGAAAACCCCACUUUUUUAGCUACCCCUGUUUUUCCAAAAUCAUUGUCUCUCGUCAAUCUAGUUGACAACAAUAAUCAACUCCAAGAUCAUGAACCAGUUGAUAAAACAGAGAAGGAACAUGAAACACAACAAUAGAACCAGCUUUAAUUUUUUUUUCUUUUUCCUCUGUUUUAGGACUUGUUUCUUUGUGUUCCAUGACUCGGGAAGUGUAUAUUUAAGGUGAGAUUUAUUAUAAUUGAGCGAAUUUACUAUUAAUUUUAUGAACUGAGAUUUUUAUUUUUAA